ACAAACGAAAUAAAGGGUAAAAGUCAAAAGUAGAAAGUGCUCUUCGCCUCUUCCUCCUCUCGCGCCGCCGGCCAAUCGCCGGCAACCUCAGCCCACAUCACCGGAGAGACCCCGUCGGCUCGCCGUCGCCGCUCCCCUUGCCGGCCUCCUCCUUCCCACCGCCCCGCAUCCAUUUCUUCCUCCAGCGAGAGCAUGCAGAGGUGGACAGAUUGAAGUAGGAAAAGAAAAUGAUCACUCCUCCCGUCGCCGGUGACACCUUCGCCGGAGCGCCGCCGCCGCCGAGUCAGGAGGAGGAUGCUCCGCCGUACGGCUCGGUUGUCCUCGGCGGCACCUUCGACCGCCUCCACGACGGCCACCGUCGCCUCCUCAAGGCCUCGGCGGAUUUGGCGAGGGAUCGGAUCGUGGUGGGCGUCUGCACAGGCCCCAUGCUCGCCAAGAAAGAGUACGCUGAGUUGAUCGAGCCCGUCGAAAAGCGCAUGAAGGCUGUGGAGGAUUACAUCAAGUCUGUUAAACCAGAACUGGUAGUACAAGUGGAGCCUAUUGAGGAUCCUUAUGGCCCAUCCAUUAUUGAUGAUAAGUUGGAUGCCAUUAUUGUCAGUAAGGAGACAUUAAAUGGUGGAUUUGCCGUAAAUAGGAAAAGAGAAGAGAAAGGACUACCUUUGCUGAAGGUUGAGGUUGUUGAUCUUCUAUCCGGAGGAGCAGAGGGUGAGAAAUUGAGUUCAUCUGCUUUAAGGAAGCUUGAAGCAGAGAAAGCUAAUCAGCAAGAAGGAGCAGCAUCUAAAGGUGUUUAGCUGUUUAGGGAGUAAAGUGAUUCUGGUUGGCUGUAUACUAAAAUCGAGUGAAUUGCAUUUUGGACCCCUUUUCUUACUAUAAUUUCACUUUGGACCCCUAUUAUUUCCUUUUGCUUCAUUUUGCACCCCCCCCCCUUUUUUUUUGCCCUUCUCCUCAAACUCAGGCACAUAUCCACUGCCAGUAUUAUGGCAGCGGCUGCAGAACCGCGGAAGUGGUGUGACCUAGGAGAUAAUGCUAUUUCCAGAGCUGGAGAAGAAGAAAAAGGGGGUUCAAAGUGAAGCAAAAGGUAAAGCGGAUUCAAAGUGAAACUAUGGUAACAAGAGACAGUCCAAGCUGCAAUUCACUCUACUAAAUCCUGAAUGAUCCUCCAUAGUCUCAACAAGUAAUCUGAAAGUGGUAUUUUAGUUACCUUUUUGAGGAAUUAUGUUUGAAACUUGUCCCAGCUUCCAGGGCCCUGUAAAAGUAUUACUUCACUCUGAAUGAUAUAGUUGUACAAAUUCAAUCUUAGCUCCUGGGAACUUCCGCACUAACCAAUUUUACACAUUUUUUUAUUUCCUACCUUUGCCAUGUGAAUGUAAAAAAGGAAGUCACCUUGACGUUCUUUGGAGUAAUGGUAAAUCAAUUAUAAAUGAA